AUUUUUUCCAUGUGCGCAAGUGCUCGCAAAUCACUCAUCUGAAGGAAAACAAUGUUUGAAAUUACGUAAAAACGUUGUAUUCGAUCAAAAGCUUAUCUUACCGUGAAAACUUGACGAAAACGUUAGAUAAAAACUUGGAGAUGUCUAAGCGAUAUUCGGACCGUCGAAGUUCACGACGACGUACCAGGCAAAGCUUUCAGAAUGAAAUUUCUGGCGUACUCGAUUCCGAUUCAAACGUCGACAUUGACGAUGAAGGUAAUCCAUUGUGGUUUCGAGAAUUGGAAAAUAAUUCCGUAAGCAUACGUCCAUCAAAGCGCUUCAGUGCAAUUCAAAAUGAGGCAACGACACUUGAUUCAAAUUCUGAGCCCGAUUUAACACCGCUGCGAAAGUCCUGGUGGAAGGAUCUCGAUAACACACCAGAUAUUCUACCCCAUAAGCGCGUUCAAUCUACCGCUGCCAGGAAUAAAAGCCAUGUGUCGAAAAAUCAUGUGCCAGAUUCAGACAUCUCGAAUGUUUCAUCCAUAGACGAAAGUCUGAUUAAGCAGAAGUCUAGACUACGUCAUAAUAAGCGAGAGAGCUUACAGAAGAAUGUUUUUUCUGAUGUACUAGAAUCAUCAAAAGUAUCAAUUAGUUCUGAAAAGGGUGAUCGGUCCACUCAGGACAGAGAUAAGCAAGACACAAGUGUCUCCCCAUCGACUUCUGACACUAGUAAAAGUAUAGAAAAGGUCCGGAAGCUGCCGUUCAAAAAAAGAAGACAAGUUACGCCAAUAGGAGUGUCUGAGAACCUUAAUGAAAAUCCUGAAAACAAUUUGCCCAAUGUUUUUGAAAAUGUAUUAGAAGAAUCGCAUUCGAUUAGUAGCUCACCUCAUGAAAAUAUAGUGGCCCAUCACAGUAAUCUGUCUAUUAACAGUGCAGAAACAUUGAAAUUAAAACGUCCAUCGUCACAGAACCGCAAUGAGUUACAGAACAAUUCAUCAACAGAUGUCAGCUCGCGGGUUUUGGAAUCUCCACAAGCAAAAUCACCCCGUAAGAAGCGAACCAUCUUUACAGCAACUAGGAAGAGAAAAAUACCGAAUUUUUCUGAAUUAUUGACUGAUGAAAGUGAAGACGAACAGCUAGGUGAUCAGUCUUCAAAUGAAGAUGUGGUGAAGUCAAAUCAGAAGGAAACAAUUACAGAUAUCAGUUCGCGGACUUCGAAAUCUCCACAAGCAAAAUCACCCCGUAAGAAGCGUACCAUCUUUACAGCAACUAGGAAGAGAAAAACACUGAAUUUUUCUGAAUUAUUAAACGAUGAAAGUGAAGACGAACAGCUGAGUGAUCGGUCUUUAAAUAAAGGGGUAGUGAAGUCAAAUCAAAAUGAAGUAAUUACUGAAUCUGGCACUCAGCCAUCUCAAAUCAUAGGUUCACAAAGCAACAUUCUGGCACCACAAAGGGAUUUACAUUCAGAAGACAGUAUCGAGAAAUCACGGGGGACUUUUCUUCGUAAAAAGCGAAAAAGUAAUCAGGAACAAAUGUUUGCACAAGCUUUGGAAUCUUCCAGUUCUCCUGUUUACUCUGAGACCCCUGAACGUGAAAAAAUUGAUACUCAUACACGUUCGAGUUACGAAUCAGAAAAGUCUGAUAUUGAGAGACAAUCCAUGACUAGAAACUACGAUGAAGACAUGCCAGUACGUCCAUCACCAAGAUUACCAAUCCGUCAAUCUAGAAGCAAAAGCAACGCUGGCCCAGAAGAAUUUGCUAGCCAGUCACGUGCUGCAAGUAACAGGAAUUCUCUAUACGAUCAUGAAAUAACAGAGGAGCGAUCCAACAUUAGAUUAAUGAUAACUUCUGAUGAAGAGGAAGAUCGUGAAGAUAUUACUAGAGAUGAAGUUAUCUCCAAGAGUUCUGUCAGUCUUACAAAAGUAGUCACACGUAGUUCAUCAAAGCUGCCUGAGGUGCGUUCUUUUGAAGAAAUUUCUGGAAAUGACGAAUUUCAGCCUAGUGUGAACACUAGUUGGAAAGAGAUACAGAACGUAGGGGAAGUUUCUAAAUCAUUGCCGAAAAUCAAUGGCGAUACGACAAGAAAAAGUAAGGGACUAUUCUCCAGCAACAAAAAUAAAAGCAGCUCUGAAAGGAACUUUGGAGCCACUAGCGCUGCUCAAGAUGUUAUAGAAAAAAACACAGGCUCUGAUUCUCACAAUGAAAGAGAAUCAACUCAGCAUCUUGAUUUGUCACAGAGAGCGCAACUGAGUACUCAAACAGAUCCUGAAAAAGCGGCUCGCCUAAAAGGUGCACUUGAACAAUUGAAGAAGAAAUUUGGUUUGCCACAGAACAGUGGAAUUGAAUCCUACUUUAUAAAGACUGCAAAGCCGAGGGCUGCUAUUACUAAUUCAGAAAAAUUGGCAAGCCAGAAGAAUCCUGUCAGAAACCAGAGUAAAACACCAUUAGUGGAACCUAACAAAGCUUAUAUUGUGGAUGGAAAAGUAUAUAAAAGACCAAAGCUUCCAAGACCCAAACUAUGGGCUACCAAUCACUUGUAUAAAUUUUUGUGGAAACAAAUGGAACCAAAAUACAAACUCAAAGCCAGGAUUCGGUCUGAAAAGUUUAUUACUUUAUUAAGUGACGUUGUAUCACUGGUAAUCAGACGUAAAAAAUAUGAAAACUAUAAGGAAAAUGUACAGGAUUUAAUAAAAGAAAUGGCUCAUCUGGGAAUAAUAAAAACUAGAAACGAUUUCUAUAAAUUCUGUCAAGAUUUUCUUCCUUACGACUUUCGCGUAAAAGUGGUCCCAAUGGUACUACCAGGAAAUAUUAGAAAUGUUCCAUUCCAUCCAGAAGAACUCCACACGCCAAUUUUGUAACUUUAACUACAAUAUUACAGAUCUACACCAGAGUAUCCAGUAAGCUACAUUUAAUACAUUGAAAGACUAUUAUGUAUUAUAUACCAUAAUUGAUACGGAAUUUGCCUAAACCUCUACUGCUGAAACAAGUGAUUACUUUCAGGUUCAAAAUCAAAUCAAAACGUUGAGUAUAUAUGUAUUCAAUAUUU